AUGAGGGGCUGAGCAUGGUGUGAAGUCAAGCAGGUGGGGGUGGGGUCUCGUGCCAUUGACUGUGUGGUUGCUAGGCAACUUGGUAAACCGAGGAGCAGACCUGUUUGAAAUCUCACUCCUGAGGUGGCUGCAUCAGGGGUCCGGGUGAACUGGCCUGGGCAGGGGGUGGCAGGAGCUUGGUGUCAGGCUGUUGAGCGUAUCUGUGUGAGACUAAGUAGACAGUGACAGACAAGUUAGUGCUGAUGGCUGCACACCACACUGUUUACCAUCAUGCAGCUGCAGAAGAGAAGGGUGCAAGACACGGUGUCCCUCAGCACCCCAGUAGGCAGAGGCAAAGACACCCAGGAAGGAGAGAAUGGAAAAACACAGCUGCUGCUUGUUGGUCUCCCCCUAGGCUGCAGCGCCCGGGCAAGGGGCUUGCUUGUUCUUCGUGCUUCUCCAUCUGUCCACUCUCCCCCCUCCCCAGACACCUUGUCAAAUACCCAGAAUCAGAGUCUUUGAAGAGAUGUUGUCAACGGGGCUAAGGUGGGGACCUCAGUCAAAGGGAGAAAGGAGCAGCCUGUGGAGGAUUGGGCAGGAAGGAGAGGAAUGUCGCCCCUGCCGGGAGGUGCUGAAAGCCUUGGUUCUUACACCCAAGAAGGCAGCUCCUCCCUUCCCCCAGGAUAAUUGGAAACAGCCCUUCCUGUGGAUUGCAGCUUUGGGGUUAUAGGUACCCCCUUUCUUCUCCCAGUCUUACUUUUCUCCGUGAUCACCCAAGAAGGGCCAAAAUUUACUACUCCCUGGUCUUCACCUAACCCACAGAAAACAGUAAAGGGUCAGAAAAGCUGUGACAAAAGAAAUUCCAGGAAAGGGGGAGUUCAGCAGCCUAGGUUGUGUUUUCGGGGGGUUUUCCGAAACUCCCCUUGUGACCUUGGGCAAGUCACGGGGUCCCCUCUCAACCUGGUUAUCUCUGCCCCCUCCCACUUCACGCAGGUAGCCCAUCAACUUAGCGUUACUUUGUGAAGUGCCUAGCCUUCAAGGUUAUCAUUAUCCUCUCCAGGCCGCCCGGAAAGCCGCGGUGUUGUUUUGGAAUGGAAGAGGAGCAGGCAACGGGAGCAAAGGGGGAAGCUUUUUCGGGGUGGAGAGGGCAAGAGCCUUUCUGGAUGCUAGCGAGGAAGAUUCCAAAGGCUCGGGCAAUCGGAGGGCAGGAAGGAAAGCAAGCAGAAACUCAGCCAGAGACGGACACUGCCAGAGACAAAGGGGGCGUGAGAGACCGCGCCGGGCAGCGAGGCGGGGUGGCGGACCGGAGGUGCGCGAGGUGAGGGAGGUGUGGGGGGCGUGGGCCGCGGGAUGCGACGCCCGCUCCGACUGAGCUCCAGCUCCGGUUUUUCCCUCCACCAUGCUCUCCCCCUCCCCGCCUCUCCUUUAACUCCCCCCUCCUGGGCUCGGGACUGGUUUCCUCCCUUAGCCCGCUGCCCUCAAUCCCGGCGAGGCUGGGGCUCCAGCUCGGUGUCUCCUUCUUCGCUGCCUUGCCCGGCGCCCCAUGUCGCCCCCGCCCGGCCCUCUGCUCCCCAUGUCCCCCACGUAGCCCGGCGCACAAAUCCCGAGGUGCGGCGCGUGGGCCGGGGGUGCAUAGGGCGCCUGCAGACGGCCCCUGCAAGGGUUCUAGUGGGGCUGAGCGCUCUGGAGCCGGGGCGCAAGCAUCGCAGAAAAGAGGGUCCUUGUGGGAGCUGGGGGUGACUAGCCACCCACCAGGGUGACUGGGGCUCCACAGCGUGGUAGCCACCCCUGGGGGUGAGAGACUUUGGGGGAGUUGGUGCCCCGCCCCCAGGCCUUGGUAGGGUCAUGGGGGGCCCCCAUUUUGGGCCAGGGGGUGUGCAAGUCGGGGCCCUGCUGCUGUUAGGUUUUGCGGGGCUGGUGUCUGGACUCAGCCUGGAGCCUGUCUACUGGAACUCGGCGAAUAAGAGGUUCCAGGCAGAGGGUGGUUACGUGCUUUACCCUCAGAUCGGGGACCGGCUAGAUCUACUUUGUCCCCGGGCCCGGCCUCCUGGCCCCCACUCCUCUCCUAGUUAUGAGUUCUACAAACUGUACCUGGUAGGGGGUGCCCAGGGUCGGCGUUGUGAGGCACCCCCUGCCCCAAACCUUCUUCUCACAUGUGACCGGCCAGACCUGGACCUCCGCUUCACCAUCAAGUUCCAGGAAUACAGCCCUAACCUCUGGGGCCACGAGUUCAGAUCCCACCACGAUUACUACAUAAUUGCCACAUCAGAUGGGACCCGGGAAGGCCUGGAGAGCUUGCAGGGAGGUGUGUGCCUAACCAGAGGCAUGAAGGUGCUUCUGCGAGUGGGACAAAGUCCCCGAGGAGGAGCUGUACCCCGAAAACCUGUGUCUGAAAUGCCCAUGGAGAGAGACCGAGGGGCAGCUCACAGCCAGGAGCCUGGGAAGGACAGCAUACCAGGUCUGUUCUCUUCCUCCUCCCUAGCCUCCUCCUCCUUACAUCUCCUUUAACCCUCUUGGCUUCUUGUCCUUCCUGUGCCUCUCACGUGUCUCCUAGGUUGGGGCAUCAAAGUAUCUCUCCCUCGGCUCUUGGCCCUUUCCAACUUUUCAUACCAACUGCUCCCCUCCGUCUGCCAAAAACGGGGGCUUCUGGGGGUUGGAGGGGAGAUUCUGGCACUCUACCCCCCCAGCUCCAGGCAUGGGCACAGGGCCUCUUUCCCUGCCUUUCUAUGUACUUACUCCAGCCAUUUGGGGUGGUUACUGGGCCACAGCAAACUACCCUGAGAAGAAGUGUCCUGUUGUAUCCAGUGGCUGAUAGGAAGACAUGAAGCAGUGAAGACAUGAUGGACUGGAUCUGAUGCUAAAUGGGCAUCAGAUAGGAAGUGACUUGUUCCAGACAAGAAGUGACCAGGCCUGGACAGAAAUGGCCUGGGAAGUAAGUGGCAGCAGCAGGAACUGGAAGUGCCUUCGUCCAGAACAGGAAGUCGCACUUCUGAAAUAGGAAGUGGUCUGGCUGGAAUUCCAAGUGGCUUAGUCUGGGGAGGUGGUGGGGGUGGGGGUGGGGGCAUGGGAAGUGGAUGGUUCUUACCCUGUGGAGAAAGGGGCAGGAGGAACCUCCUGUGUUAGGAGGAAGCUGGAGCUUACCACUGUGAGAGGACAGAUGUGGACUGAGAAUUUUCUUAGUGCUCAGUGGCACUUCCCAAGGACUCCCCUCCCCUUGUGCUCUGUGCGGUUUUUAGGACAGCUAAGAUGACUGCCACCUGUUGUGGCAGGCCCGAUUUGUCUUGUUCUCCCCUUACUGUACCCCGAUAUAAUCUCUGUUGAUCAACAGGACUACCCCAAGAAUCCACAUGUUCUCCCCCGUAACCAGGCAGCUGUCUGGUUCAUGCCUUCUUCCCUUCAAACCCAACCCAGCGCCCUUGUUAGUGAAGAGGUGGUCCAUGGACUGAUGACAGUUAUUAGCACUGGAUGCUGUUUCCAUAGUGACAAGCCUAUACCUCUUCCCACCCUUUAGUGCGCAGUGGGCUGCUGCUUCAGUAUCCUCCCAGCUCAGUUUUAUUAGAUCAAAGCUGCCCUUGGGCACCAUGUUGGCCACCUCAAUCACCAGCCAAAAUGGUCGCUUUGUCCACCAGAGGUCAAGCCAUCUUUCUGGCGCUGUAGUUCCCAGCUCCUUCUAGGGAACAGGAAGUUGAUAUUGCCAUGGGGGAGGUGGCGGGGUGUGGCCGUCACCUCAAUAGUUUUACUGUAAAAGGGAAAUUUGAACAAGAACAACAACAACAAAAAAAAAAAAACAAAGAAAAAAAUAAAAAACUUUAAAAGUUGA